CCUUCGCGUUACUGUUUUGAGUCCCGCCUAUUCUCUGCUCUCCUAAACCUUUAUAUAUAUCUUGGUUUAUUUGAAGACCAGGAAGUUGAUAGCUCCUGAGGCCGGCUGCGGAAAGACGGUGGCUCGGUUGGGACAGUCGCCAGGGAUGGCGGAACGUGAGGAUGGAGCGAGUGUCCGGGCUGGUCUCCUGGACGCUGAGCAGGGUCCUAUGGCUCUCAGGCUUUUCUGAGCAGGGAGCUGCCCGGCAGCCCCGGACCAUGGAAGAGAAAGCGCUAGAGGUUUAUGAUUUGAUUCGAACUAUCCGGGACCCAGAAAAGCCCAAUACUCUAGAAGAACUGGAAGUGGUGACCGAGAGUUGUGUGGAGGUUCAGGAAAUAAAUGAAGAAGACUGUUUGGUUAUUAUCAAGUUCACACCAACAGCACCUCAUUGCUCUUUGGCAACUCUUAUUGGACUGUGCUUAAGAGUAAAACUUCAGCGGUGCCUGCCGUUCAAACACAAGCUGGAAAUCUACAUUUCUGAAGGAACUCACUCUACAGAAGACGACAUCAACAAGCAGAUAAAUGACAAAGAGCGCGUGGCAGCUGCCAUGGAGAACCCCAACCUGCGGGAAAUCGUGGAACAGUGCGUCCUUGAGCCUGACUGAGACGUCUCAAGAGCCAGUGACCUAUAACUGUUUGAGCUGUUUGUUUAAAUCUUUGUUGAGUAUAUAGGUGAUUUGUACCUCAAAGCAUUUUUUAAAGUCUUUUUUUUUUUUUUUUGGUUAUUUUGAGACAGAGUUUCUCUGUGCAAAAGCCUUGGCUGUCCUGGAACUCACUCUGUAGACCAGGCUGUCCUGGAACUCACAGAGAUCUGCCAGCCUCUGCCUCCUGAGUGCUGGGAUUAAAGGCAUGCGCCACAACCGGGCUUUUUUCAAGGAUUCUUUCCAGUAGGCUUCAGUUACCAGGUAGAACCUAAUUGUUCAGAGAGUAACAUUCUCAGGAUUUCUAACCUAAGUGAUCAGACAGAAAAAUAUUUUCUAGUUACUAUGUGUAAAAUUGUUACUAUUUUUCUGAUAACCAUUCUGAUACAACUGCUUUUCAUGUUAAAUAUCUACUGUGCCCAAAUUACUUGAUUUAAAUCAUCAUCCUAAAUAAAUAUAACAGAUGAUUCUUAUAAUA